CGAGGCGCCCGCGAGCCCAAGUGUAACUCACACGCCGUAGGGAAAAUGACGGACGUUCCGCAGGGAUUUGAUGUCAGCUUCUUAAAUGACGACGAAGCCAGGAAGAUCUUGCAAGUGCUGGAGAGAAACGAGGAGCUGCGAAGGGCAGAGAAGGAGAGGAUCAGCAAACUCCAGAAGACAAAGAGGGAUAUCAGAUGGCUUCAAGGCGUGACUGGUGAAUGGUUUGAAGAAAUUCAAAGAAAAAAGUUUUGCAAUGAAACAGAUGUUAGCCAAAUGCUAAAACAACCACUCACCUACAGACUAAGGAGAGGGAUGGCAAAACACGAUCCUGUGGAAUUGCAAACAUCAGUAUCUAAAACUCUGUCAAAUCAGAAAACCCCAACAUCCUUUCUUUCUCCACUGAGCUUCAGAUCAUCAUUCGCUUCCCUGUUCUCAUUCAGAAAAUCCACAAAGGAGCCUCUCAAGCUUCCGAGGCCGGCACAGAAAGGAUAUGAUGGCCUUGCAGGACCUCCUGUGUCUGUGAGGGAAACUGCUGGGCCGGCAAAAAUAUACAGUAUACCCCUGGAAAAUCAACUAGUCGACGGUGCAUUUGCCCCCAAGCCAGCAGGCAUGAGGGAGGGAAGGGGGAUGCCUUCGUUGGGUGCUUCUCUGCUGGAGAAUGAGUUUUUUCGUGUUUUAGACGACUUGGACAGAAAACUGGCUCAGGAGCAAUCUUCAAGCUCAGUGAAUCCCCGAACGCCCUUCAACUAUGACUCCAGAGCACAGUUCAGUCGUUUUCCCCCCAGUGGGAGCAGACCCGGUAACGUCACAGGAAGACACAAUCGCUACAAUGAAACUUCCAGUAUGUCUAUCUACGACAUCCUAAGACCAGGAGCACCUAGGGAAGGUUUUAAGACCUUUUCUCCUCGCACAAGAACAAUCUAUGAUAUGUACAGGACAAAGGAGCCCAGGGUCUUAGAAGAAGAUCAUGUUCAGAAGAAUGCUUUCGGCAGUUCUUCUCUGUGUUUUGACAGCAGGCAGCAGCGGUCAGCCUCACCAGCCACACGGCAUUUCACAGCACGGAGCUCACAUUUCCCAGCCGCCACGCAGAACAGGAAUGCGUUUAUACCACGGAGCCACCAGCAGAGUCCAAAGAGAACUCCCUUAUCCUCCAUCAUAUGGAAUAGAUCAGAUUCCGUCAGAGAUGGCCAGAACCAGGAUGCGUUCUUGAACGCCCCAUUACCUAUGGAAGUUGACCCUGCUGCCCAGGAUACCUACCCCAGGUGUUUCCAGGAGACCAGGAGAUAUGAAUUUUACCAGGCACAGGGGGCUUACCAGAAUGUUAGUGUACAUGCCGCUGUAGAUAGUGCAAUGGAUCCUGACCCAUUUGAGAACUCAGAGAAUAUGCCCUUCUAUCCUCAGGAUAACCCAUUUGCUAGGUCUUUCUUUAGCAAUAUCUUUGGACGAAACAGAGCACAGAGAUUUGGACAAAGGCCUUUUUGGGGCCAGCAGGAAGAUCCUUCUUCCUGGUCUGACUUUUAUCGAAACAGGAAACACUUCAGUUCUUCCUCCAGCGACUUUGAAAUGAUCUCCACUGAGACAGCUCACGUAGCAGCUGCUUAUGGCCACGGUGUCCCUUCUCAGCACUGGGGAUCGUUUUCUCCCGGUUAUGGGCCAAAUAAUUCCAGGGCCCAGGAACCGUGUCCCCCGCAGUGGGAUUUGCAGACAUGCACCCCGGAGAGCAUGGAGGUGUCGCAAGGCAAUGGGAACCAGCUGGCGCCUCCGUUCAGCACUCCAAAUGUUUGCCCUGUGACUGCUCCAAGCUGCCCUCCCAAAUCUGACGGGUUGGAAUGUCACCAGAGCAGUUCGCCUAGAGAAGGACAUCUGAAUAAAGGCGCUUACGUAUUUGAAAUUGCCCAGCCUGGACCAUCCUCAUUUACAACGUCCUUCCCCCAGAUGCCCGAUGACAGAGGGACAUCCCACACUUCCAGUUUUCAAAAUCCCACAGCCACUCUGCAGGAAAUUAUUCCCUGCGAGCCUGUCUGUUUGCCUGGAAGAAGCCCUGGCAGAGUCGGCAUGUCCAAUAGUGACUCCAUUGAUUCCCCACCUCUUGCUGAUAGCCAGCCAAAUAUCUUGGUCAUGGAAGAGAAUAAUGAGAAGGGCCUCAAUGACUCUAUUUCAGAGAAGGACCAACAACGAGACAACAUGGACCAGACGAACACAGCAGGAGAAACACCAUGCCCUAUUUCACAAACAGUGAGUCCUGACCCCUCCCCCGAUGUUCACAGGCCACUCUCCCAGCCUUCCGCUGAGAAUGAUGGGUUGGUUUUUAAUGCAUCUACCAUGGUAAGUUCUGAGAGGUCACCCAGAAUCCUUCCCUGGAAAGAUGACUCCAAAAUAUACAUACCACACAGAGAGAACGCCAGCGAGCUUAACCAAGAAAAGGGGUUUUCUGGGACUCACAAACUCGGUUCGGCAACGUCGCCUCCUUUUCUGCAGACGUGCAGAAUAUCACCAUGGUCUCAUAGCCCAAAUCAUGGCUGUCCCCAGGAAUUCACCGUACACGAUGAAGCUACUCCAAGCAUUAUUCAAAAUAACCUCUGGAGCAGUGAUAAUCCAAAUCCGCAGUCUCUAGCAGAGUCUGUUAUGUUAGGGACCGAGGGAGCACCAUGCACCGAUGCUGCCAGCCGGAGUGUGUCAGGCAGCCAGGAGGCCUCACCACUGAACAGUUCUUCCCUGGGUGCGGUGGGGACGUGUGCUACCCCAGGGUUCUCAAGGAGAAGCCCUCCAGGAAAUGGUCCAUCUCUGGAAGACAGGGAAGAGGAAAACGGCGUGGGUGAGAACCAAAGCCACAGGUUUGCCCUGAGCCCUGCAGAGAGCCCAAAGAAUGGUGAUGCUAGAGCGCCGAUCUGCCAUGACGUGGUGGAUGCUGCCACGCCGCACUCACACCAACCUCUCGGGGAUGGAAAGGAGCGAGGAAAAAGAAGACGCCGCACUGAAAACUUCAGCAACCCAGAAAGUCGAUCAACACCCACAAAUGACAGCAGUGACCUCCGUGAGAUGAAUCAGGGUGAUUACAAGUCUUCCGACGCUCCCAUGAUCUACUGCACCUUACCCAGAAAAUCACCCAGCUUUCUCUUCCCUCGGAGGAAGUCAGAGAGCAAGGCAAUGGCUCUUUCGUUUAGGAAUGGGCCCCCGCCGUUCCGAGGCAAAACUCAUGUGGAAGACCCAGUCGGGAAGCAGGCACCGGACCAGGUAAUUCCCAGUCCUCCUGACUCAGAAAGCGAAUGUCCCCAAGUCGCUUCGAACCUGGCUUCAGGGACACCUGCAGCCCCCCAGGAGACAGCCACUAGGAAAAGCAUGGGGUCUGCGCCGGUGAGGAAAGGGCCCCUUCCUUUCCUGGUCCACAGGACAGUGUCAUGCCCUGCAGGGGAGACGCACGCUUCCGCCGGAAAGGACGGCAGGGACACGUGUUCAGUCUCAGGUACGGAUGCGGCUGCUGUGUCGCCGAGGCCCGGGGAGGGAAGCAGGAGCGUUCUGGCAAGUGACUCCUCCGCUGAGAAUAAAAGCCACCCCCCCAAAGCAAACGCACCAGCAUGGGCUGAGAAGGCUGCUCAAAUCGUACCCCUGUCCAACGAAGAGCCUUUACCUCCUUCCUCGGAGAUGUCCGGCGAGGAGGCGCGUGGGACAGCUUUGCGUCGGUAUAAGACGACAAGCAUGUUCUCUGUCUCUGGUGACGAGGACAAUGUCCGAUGUCUUGAGGUGGUUUCAAUCUAUUACACGCUACCACGGAAACCCAGCAAGACGUUCUGUCGCCUCCUUCAGAAGUCCACACAAAAUGCCACUCCGUCGCCAGAAUCGCCCGCAGCGGACACUGCACCAGGCCCGGAUGCUUCACAGAAUGGCAAACGCGAUGACUCCACUCAAGGGCCCGCGGGCACAGCACCCCGGGAGGAUGACAAGAUGCGGGGGAACAGCCCCGGGCUCCCUCACAUCGGAGAGCAGCAGGCUGCGGCCCGGGCGCCCAGUAGUGCGGCCUCCGGGCGCACUGUACAGGACGCAGCCUCUGAAGAGGCUUCUCUUCCUAACGGAGACUCGAAAUCGAGAGGCAUUUCCCCAGACAGCGGUGCUAAACCACCCGGACGUGAUUCACGAAGCAGGAAAAAGAAAGGGAGAAAAUUGCAAAGAGAAACCCUGCCUACUCCAUCAAAGCUUCAGGGGGAAAAUGGUACCAAAGGAAAAUCGGAAAAUUGUCAAGGAUGCAUGACAUCAGGGAAUGGUGGACGCUCUGGUCUCCCGGCCCCUUCAGAAGAUGGUGUUGAACAUUCUCAGACUGUGAGGAGUGGCACUGGUGAAGCUGUGGCAGCUACCAGGCGUGGCAAACGACUUCAGGAAGAAGGCACAGGCAGAGCUGUAGACGACAGCUCCCAUGGCUUGCAGGCUAGUGACCGCAGAGGAACGGUGUUCACAGAUUGCCAACAAAUGUCUGAUCGUGCCCUUUCUGACACAGAAAACCAAGUCUCUGCGGUUACUCUGGCUUUGUAUAAACUACAGUUUGAUGACGAGCCUUAUGCAGGUGAGCCACAGGUAGACCGUUUGCACGCUGAACCCAAAGAAAUACCUCAGAGCAAUCUGGAGCUAGACAUGACGGAGUUCAGCAAGGCCAAGGAUGAAAUGCCAAGAUUGGCACGGGAUCCACCUUCACAACCUGGGAAGCGUGAUGGAAGGGAAACCAGUUGGGAUGACUUAGGAAAAGGGAAAAACAGGUCUUCCGUGAAACACAAGGUGGCCGCCAUGUCCAAAGCAAGCAGUAAGUUCUCAGCUAAAGACUGCAGCUCCAGAAGGCAUGUAGCUACCAUUUUCAACAAAAGUGGGGGCAGUUCUAGUGUUGGAGGCUUGGCUGCCAAUGCACCAGAGAACAACCCACUGUCCCCUGAGCCCAUUCUGUGUGCAGAGUCCACAGAUGAAGGUAGAAGGUCAAGGAAUGGUGGAGGGCAUGUGGAGGAAUUUGAGAGCCCUCUCCAGCUCACUGCACCAUCCAACCAAAAACCUGCCACCCCCUUCAGUGAUCAGAAGCCUACCAGCACCAUUGCACAUUGGAAUGUGUUUAAGGACAGCUCAGAGGCUCCCCCCUCAAACGAGAACUCUAUUGAUAGGACAGUAGCUCAGCCUUUGGAAAGAGAGUCAGGAACUCUGGUCCAGCCCCCAGUCAUCAGCUUCAGGGAAGCAGGCUCCUCUGGGCGUGAGAGGAGACUGAGGCCUCCGUGUCCUUUGGAGCCUGCACACAAUUCUCCUCCAGGAAGCACUGCACAGACCAACUGUCAGCAGCAAGAAAGGAGCAGUUCACCCCCAGAGUGGGAAUCCGAGCCCCACCUCUAUCGUUCAAAAAGUUUGAAGAACAUCAGUGUGCACGGUGAUAAGCUACGCAAAAGUCGUUCUCCAAAAGCCAGGGAGCGCCAUUUUUCUGAAAGCACUUCUGUGGAGGAUGCCCUGAGUCGACUGAGCCUGGGCAACGAAUUCUCAGUCAACGACAGGUACAAUCGAAGGUUCAAAUCUUUCUCUGAACUCCCAUCUUGUGAGGAAAACGAAAGCUGGACUUUGUACGGCGACAGGACAAAAGCAGGUCCCAAGUCGGCAACGUCUAUAUCCAGACCUAUUGAUUAUGGGAUUUUUGGAAAAGAACAACAAUUGGCUUUCUUGGAGAAUGUCAAGAGGUCACUCACACAAGGGAGAUUAUGGAAACCGAGUUUUCUUAAGAACCCUGGUUUCCUGAAAAAUGAUAUCAUUAACUCUCCCAACCCAUCAGAGUCAUUAAGCUCAAAUUCUCCUAGCGGUCAGAGGUCAAAAGAUGGCUUGUCGCCAAUGGAACCACUUAACAUCUAUGAGGAGGACCCAGCAGACUCCGAUUGGGACUCAGAUACAACCACAGAUGACGAAUACUACCUGGAUGAAAAUGACAAAGAAUCAGAGCUGUGAGGUUGUCUUGGUUUUUGUAUUUUCAUUAAAAUGAAUAACCUUUUCAUCAAAAUCUUGUGAUUAAAAAGUCAGAUUGUGUACAUUCAUGGGAAAUACAAAAAAAUCUUGUCUGGGCCAUGCCUGCUCAGAAGCAACCCAAUUUCCUUUUUCCCCUCCACAAUCUUGAAUUCUAGCACAACGGAUGCUCUUUUGAGAAUUUCCUGGCUGUUUCCUGCUUCCUGUUACAUUAGACUUCCCUGGGGGCGUUGUAGGGUUAGACUUGGCUGCUACCCACACAGCCAGCGUCAAACCCACCAGCCCCUCCACAGGAAAAAUGAGCCCGUCUGCUCCCACAGAGAUUUAGACUUUCCCAGACUUAUUUGGCCGACUGCCCCCUUUUCAAAAAAAACUAUUCACUGUCCCCCUGGCAAUUAAAAUCUUAUGUCCUAUAGUCCACAAUCCAGGGUAAAGCGUCCACUCUCUGCCUUUGCAGCACCCUGGUUCAUCCCAGAACCCCCGCUCCCUGGGGUGAUCUCGCCCACUCUGGGAAACAUUGCCCAGGGUGGCUCUGCGUCGACAGUGAUGGGGAUUGGUCUAUAUCCUUGUCCUGCCUUUAUGUCCCUCCAACAAAACCGCUCAUGAAGUCCAAUUUGGGCUUUGGGUUUGAUGUUUUUCCUCUGACAUUUUUAUACUUUUCACUGUGAUUUGUGACUCCAAUAUCCAGGGCACAUAUAGAAGUUUUUAAUUACACGGCACAAAACUCUGUCUUGCCUCUUCCUGUGUACACUCUCUGCUCGUGACGUGAAAUAAAAUGCAAGGACCAUCCAUUAUUAUGGAGUAAAUAUUAUUAUCAUCCUGUUUGACUCAUCUGUCUUUAGGAAGUUUAGAGACUUUUCUUCUUUUUUCAAACAAAGAUCAGGGAACUUUAUUAAGGACAUCCUGUUAUAGUCUUGGUGGAGUUAGGGAGGCAUAUGUUUCGGUGAAAAGCUAAAUCCCUAGCUAGCCAACAGAACAUUUAUAUUCCUAGGAAUUCCUCUGAGUGUAGGGAUUGACUAAAUUGACAAGGGCUGGAUUUUAAUCAAGCCAAAGACAGCCGUCCAACUGAGUUUGCAGAUAGAUGGUGGCUGAAUCGCAGAAUUCUUGCUCACAGAGCCUGUAUAACUGAGGGGUGAGGAUAAGUAAAUAGCUCUUCACGAGGCUGAGCUUUCUCCCACACAUCCAACUCCCUGCCAUCAAGUCCGUUCUGCCUCCUAGUGACCCGACAAGACAGAGUGGGAAUAGAAAGCCUCAUCUUUUUCCAACAGAGCCCUUGGUAGUUUUGAACUGCUGAACUAGGCCACCAGGAUUCUUGCAGACGUUUUCUGCUGCAAAUUUUUGCCCAUUUCCCCAGAAACCCUAGUGGCACAGUAGGCAAGCAUUGGCUGGGAACCAAACGAUCUACCAUAUCAGCACAUGCCAGCUGCCCAAGAGGAGAGACAUGGAAUUGAUGCAGCACCACACAACGGCCAUUUCCCUCGCUCUUUGUAGGAUACGAUGUUUCGUUACAGGUGGAACUUUUUAGUCACAAGUAAACUCAAGUGGGAACCAUGGCCAAGUUGCUAACAUGCAGCCAAAUCAAGUCUGAUCCCCUGGGGUAAACCGGCUGCUUCAAAGCAUUACAUAGCCUAAUAACAGCAACACAUGUUUCUUGCUGGCUUCGUUUUUAGGCUUGUUCCUGGGUUAUGUGGGGUGCCGAUUCAGAAAAUGGCAUCGGCUAGACCACCUCAGCUCUAGUGAGUGUCUCAGAUACAGCAGUCCAUUAUAUGAUCGGCUAUUAAGUUAUACUGAUUUGUUAAUUUAUCCUAGUUUUAAAUAUGAGAAUAAUUCAGAGCCACACAUUAUGAGAAAAAAAAGGUAUUUUUUUUAAGAGUUAGGUAUUAAGGGACUUCCACAGGAAGCUGUAUGUGGACCCAUUGGGCUGCCCAUCUUAAGGCCAGCGAUUUGAACCCAGCAGUCACUCUGAAGCCUUUAAAAGAUUUAACGAUUUGGAAACCCAAAGGCAUGGUCUUCUCCUAUAGGGUCACUAUGAGUUAAAAUCUGUAAGAUGUCAGCGGGCUUUUCUUUUUCGUUUGGGAGGCUGUCCCAUAUAUACAGACCACAAGUUGGAUACCACAAGUCAGAACACAGCUUGAGAAGAAAGGGCAAUGAAAUAAGUGGGAGAGUGUCAAAAAGAUGAGACUUCAAAGCAAUUUUUUAUAAAUAUUUUAAAGAUCUAAAUUUUUUCAGAUUAUGCAGCUAACAUUUCAGAACACAUUUUGAUAUAUAAAAGUCACUGGAUAAUUCUUUCAGAGGGGAGGUUGACUCCAAGCUUCUUUAUAAGAAAAAUUCUAGCUCUUGAGAGUUUCUGUGUGUAGGUGAAGUUGUGCCAUCUUACAACAAGGUUGGAACGUGGUAAUUUUAAUAAAGGAGUUUGGACUUGGACAGCCACCUUUUGAGUUUCAGAGCAUUGCAAUCUCUUCUUUAUUGUACCAAACUCACUCCCAGUCAGUAGAUUAUUACUCAUUGUGACUUUGUAGGACAGAGUGGAACUUCUGCUUUGGGUUUCUGAGACGGUAAAUCUUCAUGGGAGCAGAAAGCCUCAUCUUUCUCAAAUGGCUGAGCUUGUGGUUAGCAGUCAGACACAUAACCCAUCAGGACUCUGUAUUUGCUGUACAGGAACUCUUACUUCUGGCCUCCUUUUAAAAUAGCUGAAGAACUGCCUGCUCUUCAGUUCAUUCCUAAUAAAGGCAAAGUGAUUGAUACUUCGGGAAAAUCCCAAGUUCACCUGAUUUACACCGUCCAAAUCUAUCUGUGGGUCAAAGGAUGCCAUGGGAAGUACCACUUGACCUAAAUGUUCAGUACAACACUAAAUUAAGCCAACGUGAACUUCCUCUAGCCCAGUCUAGCUAACACACGAAAAUACCCUGAUCUUUUAUGGGUGAGUAAAGAGUGGCAUAUGGAUUACGCUCUGUCUCUCAAAAACUAGGGCUGAUAGGGAACACACUGCUGCCAUUUUUGGAAUCAGUAGGUCCCAGAAACAAGUCUAACUUUUCAGGCACCAAAAUGUGUGUUGGCCAGUGAUUAUCUAUCACAUAUUUGGGAAAUCCUAAGUUAAAACUCUUAAGGGCUGGUCAUGAUUUUUGCAAUAAUUAGACUAAAUAACCAUGUGACUUACUUUAUUCAGUAGUUGUCAUAUAGAACUGUUGGUGAUUUCUCGUCUAGUUCAGAUAUAGACACAUAGAUGGUGAUAAGGGUAAUUUGCUAGAACUUUAUAAAGCCUCCCAUCCCAGAUCUCAGUACUGUGAGAGGCAGCAUGAAAAAAUUUCGUUUUGUUGUUUAUAUUUCUUUUCUGACCUAAUUUGGUUUUUCAUGUGUCUCACCUCGUCUGUGUCAUCCAUUUAAAUUAAGGAUAAUGAUAGGUGUUGGUGAUGGAGACAUAGAGAGACCUAGAACUGAUAGGCAUGGAAGAAAGCACUAAUCAUUGCCUUGCCUAGAAGCAAACUGCCAGGGUUAGUUUUCAGUAUUCCCAUGAAACUCAAAAUGAAUAAAGGUGUAAUAGCAAACAUUAAAGCUAUUCCUUAAAUCUGUACAUUGUCUAAAACUUCAGGCUCUGACCAAAGUUAAGUUGAAAGAGACUGAUAAUAGAUUUUAAAAUAAACUAUUCUAACUUUUCUAUGUAAAUUUAUGUAGCAAAGAAUAAAUUGUGUUUCAUUCUUUCUGUAUGUUUGUAAAUUCCACCCUACCCUCUUUUUUUGUAUUUAUAUUGAUUAUUUAAAUAAAUUUUCAUAAACCAGGACCGAUGUUUUCUAUCUAGUGUUAAGCUAUUCAGAGUUAGCAUUUUAAUAUUUCGACGCUUGGUGUUUAGAGAUCCGUUUACAAGUGCUAUUUCAUUACAUGAUACUCCAGCGAAAUAGUGAAAUGAAGUUAGUGUACGUAUUCAGUGAGCUUGGGCUAUGUCAGCAGUUCAGGGAGUUAAGGUAAAGUUGAAUAACUACUUUGGGGCCCAGAGUCUUUCCAUUGAAAUCUAACUUCAAAAGGAAUUGAUGGCUAAUGCUCACUUGGACCAUUUGUAAUGUUUUCUUGCUUGUCCAGUUGGAGAACCAAGAAAAGAGAAAAUUUAAGAAAAUCGCACCUUCUAUACUAUUGUAUUUUAAUAAAGCACUUCGUUCAAGAAGUAUAUAGCAGAUUUCUAUGUAUUUUAACAUAUAUUGCUGCUUUCUUAAUGUUCUUUUUUGUUAGAGCUAUGGUAAUUUAUCAUCCUUUUUAUAGUUAUAACUUGUUUUCUAAAAGAUAUAAUCAUUAUUAAAAUACAUAUUUACAUAAAGUAACUCAUGAGAGAUGACGACUAAUUAGUACUUUGUAAGAUCAACUUGUUAAAUGACGGGCUUCUAUAACCAUAACUUUCACACUACAAAAAUCUAUCUCAUGAGAAUAUUUUUUUAGGGAUGCCCUUUAAAAUAAUUACCCUUACAUUGUAAAUACACCAGUGUUAAUAAAACUCCAACCACUACAAAUAAGUGUUUGUUGAUAAAGCUAUUUUGUGUAUAAGAUAAAUAUGUGCCUAUACUGGACAUGGUGGAAGAAAGCCCACUUUGGUCACGGUGCUGAUGGGAAUUAAAUUGGAAAAUUCUCAUAUGCCAGAGGGUUAAAGAGAUCUUGUUGCUAAAAGUGUAUUGCUAAUACUAGUAAUAAUAUGUCAGCAUAUCCCAUUUAAAUUUACAGAGUAAAUAUGCAAAUAUUUUAUUGUCUAAGCACCUUUGUGGAUGUAUUGCCUCUUAGUGGCACUUUGCGACUGGAAGUUCUGUACUUCAGAAACAAUUCAGCCUUAUGUACUUUUGUUAAAACUUUGUCCAAAAAAAUCCACGUAUGUAGUUGUCUUCACACCUGUUCUCUAGGUAUGGGAUGUGUUACAAGGUCCAAAUGUAAAACAAUGCCUGCAUUGAAAUAAAUGAUUUCAAUGAUCUA